UUUUCUAUUAAUAUUGAAAUGGAACAUCGCAAUGACAAUCCUGGUGCCGUUCAAUAUGGAAACUUUAUGAAUUAUUAUCAAUUCAAUUCAGCCAGUGAGCGUGUUAAGUUGUUGCCCGACAAAAAUGUUUGGCUGCCACCGAAGCAGCAACAAGAAAUGGAAGCAAAUGAAAAUAAACCUUAUUUGGUGCUAGAUGUUGGCUGCAAUUGUGGCGUCUUUACGCAGCUGCUGCAGAGCUUUCUGGAAGAGCAGCUACAACGGCCAGUCCAUAUGCUGGGCAUCGACAUAGACGAACGGCUCAUCCAGCGCGCUCAGCAGGAAAACGCGUGCGAUGAGAAAAUAAGCUACUUUUGCGGCGAUGUGUUGAAUGCGGGGAGUUUUGAUGAAAUCAUUGCAAACUACCUCCAGCAACAGCAGCGCACAAAAUUCGAUGCUAUUUGUUGCUACUCAAUAACCAUGUGGAUUCAUCUAAAUCAUCACGACAGCGGCUUACAGUUCUUUUUGAGUAAAUUGUCGAACCUGGCAGAGCUAUUCGUCGUGGAACCACAGCCAUGGAAAUGUUAUCAGACAGCCGAACGGCGCUUGAAGAAGGCGGGCGAAGUGUUUCCCUUGUUUCUGGAACUUAAAUGGCGCUCCAACGUGGAACAGCAGAUUCAGAAGUAUAUGGAACACGAGCUAGGAAGACAAAGAAUAUUUGAAUCCACACCUACCAAAUGGCAACGAAAGAUUUGCUUCUAUCGAUGAAGCUGAAUGUAUGAUUCUUGGAUUACAUGGAAAAUUGGCGCUACUCUUAGCAGUCACAAUAACAUUGAUGUAAUGGAAAUGUAAUUCUCAGCGCUCUGUACUGUUAAUUAUUGGAAACUCACCACAGCUGGAAAAGAAUGGAGCUCUUAGCAGUGAUAACAAUCUGUCAAAUGUUUUCCUUGAUAACUGUAAUAAAAUUCGAAUGUUAAGUCGACAUUGGAAACAUAAAACAAACUAUGAAUAGCUUCAAUAAGCAAAAUUA